UCCAUUUUAAUUCCAGAGCUGGGCCAGGCUGCACACAGGAGCAAUAGGGGACAGCUCCAUGGAGUGAGAUUCAGGGAUAUAUAUAAAUAUACAUAUAACUGGGACUCUACUAUCAUAUUCCACUAAUUCAGGCUGAGAACUUUAGAGAUGGGGAAGAAGAAGACCUUCAGCAGUUUGGAGGUGACUCUGAUUGUGCUGUUUGUACUGAGCGUGUGCGUUUCUGCUGGACUCAUAGCUGCCAUCUUCAUCCUGCAGAGGGAUUAUAAUGAUCAAAGUACAACAACAACAACGACAUCAACAACUACAACAACUACCCACUCUACAUCAGGGAAACCAUCCUCAACAACAACAACAACAACAACAAUCACUAAACCAACCUCAACAACCCCUGAUCCCUUCCCAAAAGCCAAUCUGAUUGGUGUAGGCAGAGCAGACUGCACUGGGCUUUUGGCAGAUGUCCCCUUGAUGGGAUAUGCUAGCAGUGACCAAUUGGCUUCAGGAAUCCACACUCGGCAGUACAGUCGUGCCUUCAUUAUAGCGGAGCCGGAUAAUUCCAAGCGGGUGGUGUACGUUAGUGCUGAUAUAGGGAUGGUGUCCCAAAGAGUCCGUCUGGAGGUAAUGGAAAAGCUGAAAGCCAAAUAUGGAAAUCUCUACGGACAAGAUAAUGUCAUAUUGAGUGGCACCCACACCCACUCAGGGCCUGCGGGGUAUUUCCAGUACACCACCUUCAUGCUGACGGGCAAGGGCUUUAUCAGACCAGCAACUGACGCCAUUGUCAAUGGGAUUGUUAAGAGCAUUGAUCUAGCCCAUCAAAACAUGAAGCGAGGAAGGCUAUUUCUGAAUAGAGGCACAGUCGAGAACAGUCAACUAAACCGCAGUCCCAGCUCCUAUCUUCAGAACCCAGAGUCUGAGAGGAUCAGGUACCCAUCCAACACAGACAAGGACAUGGUGGUACUGAAGAUGGUGGACAUGCACAACCAGGACAUGGGGAUUAUCAGCUGGUUUGCAGUACACGCAGUGAGCAUGCCCAACGUCAACCACCUGAUUAGCAGCGACAACCUGGGCUAUGCCUCCUACCUCUUUGAACAAGAGAAGAAUGGAGGAUACUUGCCUGGUGAAGGACCAUUUGUUGCUGCCUUCACAACUUCCAAUCAUGGGGAUGUAUCGCCAAAUACUAAGGGUCCUUGGUGCAUAAACACAGGGGACUCAUGCGACAAUCCAGGCAGCACCUGCCCAAUCGGAGGGGUAUCAACAUGUGUUGCUGAGGGGCCUGGAAAAGAUAUGUUUGAAAGUACCAAAAUAAUUGGGGAACACAUUUUCCUGAAGGCUAAGGACCUGUUUAGUAACGCUUCCAGGGAACUUGAGACAAAGGUGAAUUUUGCCCAUCAGUGGGUAGAUAUGAGCAACGUAACAGUGCAGCUGAAUGAGACUCACACCGCAACAACCUGCAAGCCGGCCCUGGGCUACAGCUUUGCUGCUGGGACCAUUGAUGGACCCGGAUUAAUCAACUUCACACAAGGAGCCUUGGAUGGGGACCCGUUUUGGGAUGGGAUUCGUGAUGCUAUUCUGGGAGUUCCCUCUAAUGAAACUGUGGAGUGUCACCAUCCCAAACCCAUCCUGAUAAACACGGGAGAGAUGUCCUGGCCGUUACCUUGGCAUCCCACUAUAGUCGACGUCCAGAUGUUCACCCUCGGGUCCCUUGCGUUGCUUGCGGUGCCAGGAGAGUUCACAACAAUGUCAGGAAGAAGACUGAGAGAAGAUGUACAAAAGAUACUGGAUCCAUCGGGAACCCAAGACGCUCAAGUUGUCCUUUCUGGGCUGUGCAAUGUAUACACACAUUACAUUUCCACCUUUGAAGAGUAUCAGGCUCAAAGAUAUGAGGCAGCAUCUACAAUCUACGGGCCCCACACACUGGCAGCUUAUCAGCAGUUGUUCCGGGGCUUGGCCAAAGCUAUUGUGGAGAACAAAGUUGCUGAGCUGCCAAAAGGUCCCCAGCCACCAUUUUUCAAUGAAAGUCAACUCUUCAGCUUAUUAUUUCCUACUGCACCAGAUAAGGCUCCUGGGAACACAACUUUGGGGGAUGUUCUGGAAGAAGUCAAGCCUCAGUAUAAAGUCGGGGAAGUUGCUUCUGUGACAUUUGUAACUGGAAACCCGAGGAAUUCAGUGGAGCACAUGGCUGAUAAAACGUACCUUACGGUGGAAAAGUACAAUAAAACAACUGGAGGAUGGCACAUGGUACAUAAUGAUGCCUCCUGGGAGACCCGAUAUUACUGGACUAAAGUCAACUCGGAUCAGAGCAAUGGCACAAUGGAAUGGCACAUACCUUUAUCGGCUCAGCCUGGGAUCUACCGGAUCCACCAUUUUGGACACUACAAGGAGCGCAGACUCCCUGUUAUUAUCAAACCCUAUGAGGGCAUUUCCUCUGAGUUUGAAGUCACGGCCCCAUAAGACUGACGGACAGAACCACGUAUCCAUAACAACAGCGCUGUCUUUCACUGGCUAAGGUUAAAGUGAUGGUGUUUGAAAUGGAUAAUCGCUAUUUUGAAGUUAGCAUUGAACUGAUUUGGCAGGUUUAACCAUGACAAUUAAACUGAUAUUGUAACUUUGUACAAUGUUGUAUAUUAAACAUUGAACCCUUGGUAA